GUCACCAGGCAUCAGGUCAUUUGGCUCGCCAGUGGGCACCGCGUCAUCUGGCAAGGCAGUGGGCACCGAGUCACCAGGCACGACAGUGGGCUCCGAGUCAACUGGCAUUGGAUCGUCUGGCCCGACAGCGGGCAUCGGGUCACCAGGCAUGACAGCGGGCACUGGGUCACCAGGCAUCAGGUCAUUUGGCUCGCCAGCGGGCACCGCGUCAUCUGGCAAGGCAGUGGGCACCGAGUCACUAGGCAUUGGAUCGUCUGGCCCGACAGCGGGCAUCGGGUCACCAGGCAUGACAGCGGGCACUGGGUCACCAGGCAUCAGGUCAUUUGGCUCGCCAGCGGGCACCGCGUCAUCUGGCAAGGCAGUGGGCACCGAGUCACUAGGCACGACAGUGGGCUCUGA